AUGACGGACAAUCGCAUCUACUCGGCUACCUACAGCAAUGUUCCAGUCUAUGAGUUCAACAUCGAGGGCAACCAUGUCAUGCGUCGUCGCUCAGACAACUGGAUCAAUGCAACACACAUUCUAAAAGUCGCAGACUUCGACAAGCCCACCCGCACCCGUAUCCUCGAGAGGGAAGUCCAGAAAGGAACACAUGAAAAAGUUCAAGGUGGAUAUGGCAAAUACCAAGGCACAUGGAUCCCCCUACCUGAAGGUCGCAAUCUGGCAGAGCGUAAUCGAGUACUGGACAAGCUAAGACCCAUCUUCGACUACGUCCCUGGCGACAGGAGUCCACCGCCUGCUCCUAAACACACAACUGCUGCUUCCAAGCCGCGUGCGAACAGGAAGCCCGUCAACAGAGCUCCUGUUCUGUCACACAUCUCCGAGGAUGUAGAGAUGUACCACCACUCAGAGACGCCAGACAAUGUCACGGUGGCCUCAGAAUCAUACAUGGACGACUACAACUAUCCGCCGGGCUCCCGUAAACGAAAGCAUCCAGAGGACGACGUCUCGCUCGCUGACCAGCAACAUCAACUCUGGGCCGAAGAGCUGCUCGACUACUUCAUGCUGCUUGAACAACCAAAUGAUCCAUUCCAACGCCCCCCUGUACCUCCGAACGACAUCGACCUCGACCGACCGAUUGAUGAGAAGGGACACACUGCUAUGCAUUGGGCUGCUGCAAUGGGAGAUCUGGCUGUCGUGAAGGACCUUAUUGGCCGUGGCGCGAACAUCAAUGCUUCCAGCAACAAUGGUGAGACGCCAUUGAUGCGUGCUGUCAUCUUCACAAACAACUACGACAAGAGCACAAUGGACCGACUGGCUGGCUGGCUCGUCAACACCGUUCCUAUGGUCGAGUGGUUUGGCAGCACUGUCUUUCACCACAUUGCUGGCACAACAUCUUCAAAGUCAAAGUAUGCAUGUGCUCGCUACUACCUCGAUUGUAUUCUUUCGAAGAUGGCAGAAACAUAUACUCCUGGGGACAUUGAGCAUGUUCUGAACAUCAAAGAUCGUAACGGCGACACUGCCAUUCACAUUGCUGCCAGAAAUGGUGCGAGGAAGUGUGUACGAAGCCUGAUCGGCCGACAUGCUUCAGUCACUAUCCCCAACGACUUAGGCGAGACAGCAGAUGAUCUGAUCAUACAGCUAAAUCGCCGCAGAAGAGACGGUCGUCAUCGUGCCAUGUCUUCAUCGCCCAACGCAGCCCUACCUACAAAACCUCAUCACACUUCCGAGGCUGCCUCUGCACUAACGACACAAAUCUUCCCACUUCUACAGUCAAAAGCAGACAAACUAGCCGCAGCCUUUGACGCCGAAAUCAACGAACGCGAAACCGACGUCGCAGAAGCCGAACGCGUAGUCCAAGUCCGCACUGCAGAAAUCGAAGCUCUAAAGAAACAAUCAAUGUCCCUCGCCAUGAGCGAUCAAGAAGAUGAAUUCGACUCUCGUCUCCAACGCUCCCUCAACAACUUGAUCUUACAAUGCGAAAGCCUGAUUGAAGAUGAGCAAGCCGCAGAACUCCAACACUUGUUCCGUCAAAUCAGCCAGACACAGCAUGGUGAUAUGGAAAUGAAUGAGUAUAACGAUGAAGGCAUGGAGAAGUUGAAUCUGUUGCUUUCUAUCAAGAGGCUAAAGGAGCAGAGGUGUGGGUUGGUGCGUGAUGUUGUUGCUUCUCAGGCGGAGGCUGGCCUGGGGGAUCGACAGAAGGAGUAUCGAAGACUGAUUGUGGGGGCAUUGGGGGUCAGGGAUGAGGAUGUUGAUGGCAUGUUGCCUGAUAUUGUCGGAGAGCUCGAGGAGUGGCAGGGUAUGGAUGGUGGUGUUGGUGCUGGUGCUGGGUGAUUAACGUAAAUGGGAAGCUACAGAUGCACGAUGGGAUUGUUGAAGAAGGAGAUGGACAGAUGCGAAAAUCCUUUUUGUGUAUAUGGGAAGGGCACUUUUUUCGUCAAAACGUUUUCACUUUUCCUUCACGGCAAACUCUUUCUCAAGGAAUUGUACGAGAAUACAAAAAAAAAAGAACUUUUCAUACCUUUUCUUACUUUGUACGGCUGACUGCUUUUCUCUCUUCGUACUUUAUGCUUGAAACGGCUUUGCUUCCG